GUUGCCACUACGACUGGCACCGGCCACCUUGUGACCACAGCUAGCAACAGCCGCCUCAACAAUCGCAGAAUGGAACAAGGCCCACUCGGAGUCAAUGUCCCCCACUGCUCUUGGGAUGCGGUCAAAACUCUGCUGGAGGUGGGAGUUGAAGACCGUCUUAACAGGUUCUUCUGCCAGGCGUUCCCAGCAGACCCUUACUAUGCGUUUGGGUCUGCCAGGUGUACGCGGCAUCUUCCCCUGCCAUCUGAUCCAACUCACCACCAGGUGGUGAUCAGUUGACAGCUCCGCUCCUCUCUUCACUCGGGUGUCCAAAACAUACGGCCGCAGGUCAGAUGAUACAACUACAAAGUCUAUCAUCGACCUGCGACCUAGGCUGCCCUGGUACCAAGUGUACCGAUGGGCAUCCUUAUGUUCGAACAUAGUGUUUGUUAUGGCCAAACUGUGGCUUGCACAGAAGUCCAAUAACGAAACACCACUCGAGUUCAGAUCAGGCGGGCCGUUCCUCCCAAUCACACCCCUCCAGGUCAAGAUGUCAUUGCCCACGUUAGCAUUGAAGUCCCCCAGCAGGACAAUGGAGUCCCCUGAUGGAGCACUAUCUAGCACUCGUCCCAGGAACUCCAAAAAGGGUGGGUACUCUGAACUGAUAUUCGGCCCAUAAGCACAAACAACAGUCAGGACCCAUUCCCCGACCCGAAGGCAGAGUGAAGCUAUCCUCUCGUCCCCCGGGGUAAACCCCAACAAACAGGCAGAGAGUCUUGGGGCUAACAAAAAGCCAACCCCAGCCCAUGCUGCCCAGCCAAAGCUAUGUGUCGAGGUGAGUCCGACUAUAUCUAGCCGGUACCGCUCAACCUCUGCCACAAGCUCCUGCUCCUUCCCUGCCAGCGAGGUAACGUUCCAUUUCCCAAAAAACUGUUUUCUUGUCCGGGGAUCAGACCUCCAAGGCUCCCGCCUUGGUCUGCCACCCGAUCCACAUUGCACCGGACCCUUCAUGUUCCUCCUGUGGGUGGUGGGUCCACAGUUGGAUGAGCCCAUGUAACCGGUUCGGGCUGGGCCCGGCCCCAUGGGCAAAAGCCCGGCCACCAGGUGCUCGCUCAUGGGCCCCAACCCCAGGCCUGGCUCCAGGGUGGGACCCUGGUAACCCUCCAGGCCGGGUACUCCGACUCUUUGAAUUUACAUCAAUGAAAGAUCCUGUGAACCGUUCUUUGUCUCACCCUUCACCUAAGACCAGUUUGUCAUGGGAGACCCUACUAGGGGCACAAAGUGCCCCAGACAAAAUAGCUCCUAGGAUCAUUAGGGCACUCAAACUCCUCCACCACGAUAAGGUGACGGUUCAAGGAGGAGUAUAUAAAUGUUAUAUUAGUAAUUUUAUACUUUUGUAAAUAAAGCUUGGAAAAAAAACUCAAAGUAUGGCCGAUAUUCUCAAGAUGCUUUGUGGGUAGUAUAUGACUCAGUAUAUGUUUAGCAUUUUCUCUAAACAGAGGUUGUUCAGGGAGAAAAAACAACUUUUAUAGAGAAACGCAGUUCAAAUCCCCUCAGUUGACUUAGGUUUUAACAAUGGCACAUUGAUGGGACAAAAGAUAUAUAACCACAAACAACCAUUUUAGAUCAGGUCUUUGCUUUUCAUAACAGUGAUCAUCCUGAGUCUGAGUCAUCUGAGGCUUUAACUGCGGUUGACGUUUAAAGUCAGAGGAUGACACAGCAAAGAUAAUGUGUUUUUCACCGGCGAAGUUACAAAACUUCGCUUUUCUGCCCUGGUCACGUGACGGCGAUCCUCCGAAAUAGGACACGCCUCCAAAAUAGUCGUAUUUGUAAGAAACCAGCUGCUUCUUCCCAGUUGCCCCUUGAACCAAGAUGGAGAACCUGAAACUGUUUCUGCUGGCUCUGUCUGCCGCCGGAGCUGUGGGCUUCGUGGCCAUAAUCUUCGUGCUGAGAUGGGUUCUUCACUUUAAGGAAGGUUUGGCCUGGGAUGGAGGCGCGGCUGAGUUUAACUGGCAUCCGGUGCUGGUUGUCACAGGGUUUGUUUUCCUGCAAGGCAUAGCCAUUACUGUCUACAGGCUUCCCUGGACUUGGCAGUGCAGCAAACUGAUGAUGAAGUUCAUUCAUGCAAGCUUGCAUUUGAUAGCCUUCACUUUUGCUGUCAUCUCCUUGAUGGCGGUUUUUGACUUCCAUUACUACAGCAGCAUCCCUGACAUGUACAGUCUGCACAGCUGGCUGGGCCUGACAGUAGUUAUAAUGUACGCAUUACAGAUUGUUCUCGGAGUUGGCUUAUACCUGAUACCAGUUACACCUUUGUCCUGGAGAGCAGCAUGUAUGCCCAUCCACGUCUACAGUGGUCUUUUCCUUUUCACCAGUGUCAUAGCUGUGGCUCUCAUGGGCAUCACAGAGAAGCUGAUUUUUGGCCUGAGCAAUCCGAAGUACAAGGAUUCUCCACCAGAGGCGAUUUUUGUGAAUGUUCUUGGACUCCUCUUGGUGGUUUUUGGAGCACUGGUUCUUUGGAUUGCCACUCGAGAGUCUUGGAAACGCCCCAGUGACCAGAUCAUGCAUUCUCUGCAUACCAACAGUGGAGGUGAGGACAGUGCCAGGGAUGGUCCAGCUCUAUCUGAGCUGUCCGGGGGAGCUGAAGCUGAGACUGAUGAUGUCAGGAGGAGAAAUAAGCCAGACAACCAGAAUUACUGAUUUAAAAUAUUUUAUUGAUGAAAUAAAGUUGAAAAAUGUAAA